AUGCCACUGUGGUACGUGUUUGACACUGCCCCACCCCUCUCCCCCCGUUGCUCCUGUGUGUGCAGUGCUCCUGUGUGUGCAGUGCUCCUGUGUGUGCACGUGCUCCUGUGUGUGCAGUGCUCCUGUGUGUGCAGUGCUCCUGUGUGUGCAGUGCUCCUGUGUGUGCAGUGCUCCUGUGUGUGCAGUGCUCCUGUGUGUGCAGUGCUCCUUGCUCCUGUGUGUGCAGUGCUCCUGUGUGUGCACGUGCUCCUGUUUGGUGUGCAGUGCUCCUGUGUGUGCAGUGCUCCUGUGUGUGCAGUGCUCCUUGCUCCUGUGUGUGCACGUGCUCCUGUGUGUGCAGUGCUCCUGUGUGUGCAGUGCUCCUGUGUGUGCAGUGCUCCUGUGUGUGCAGUGCUCCUGUGUGUGCACGUGCUCCUUGCUCCUGUGUGUGCACGUGCUCCUGUGUGUGCAGUGCUCCUGUGUGUGCAGUGCUCCUGUGUGUGCAGUGCUCCUGUGUGUGCAGUGCUCCUUGCUCCUGUGUGUGCAGUGCUCCUGUGUGUGCACGUGCUCCUGUGUGUGCAGUGCUCCUGUGUGUGCAGUGCUCCUGUGUGUGCAGUGCUCCUUGCUCCUGUGUGUGCAGUGCUCCUGUGUGUGCAGUGCUCCUGUGUGUGCAGUGCUCCUGUGUGUGCAGUGCUCCUUGCUCCUGUGUGUGCAGUGCUCCUGUGUGUGCAGUGCUCCUGUGUGUGCAGUGCUCCUGUGUGUGCAGUGCUCCUUGCUCCUGUGUGUGCAGUGCUCCUGUGUGUGCAGUGCUCCUGUGUGUGCAGUGCUCCUGUGUGUGCAGUGCUCCUUGCUCCUGUGUGUGCAGUGCUCCUGUGUGUGCAGUGCUCCUGUGUGUGCAGUGCUCCUGUGUGUGCAGUGCUCCUUGCUCCUGUGUGUGCACGUGCUCCUGUGUGUCCUUGCGUCUCCCACGUCACCCUGUAUGACCAGUGCACAAGGGAGAGGUGA